AUGAAGGCUCUGUAUGGACAGCAGAGUUCACCCGGAGGGGAAAUGACAUUUUUCUUCCAGGAAAAGGAAAGCCUUCCUGCCACGAGAGCCCAUGAGGUGAAGGUGCAAGUGAGAGCCUGUGCACUGAGCUGCGUUGAUCUCGAGCUUCUGUCAGAAAUCAAACUGGAGAAGGAGCUUGUACCUGUUGGGAGAGAAAUUUCUGGGGUUGUGCUGGAAGUUGGCAGCAAGGUGACCUUCUUCCAGCCAGAUGAUGAAGUGGUGGGAAUUUUGCCCCUGGAUUCUGGGGAGUCUGGUCUCUGUGAAGUUGUCCUAGUCCAUGAGCAUUAUUUGGUCCACAAGCCAGAGAAGGUGUGUUGGGCUGAAGCAGCAGGGACUGUCCGCGACGGUGUCCGAGCCUACACAGCCCUGCACUACCUGUCCCAGGUGUCUCCUGGGAAAACUGUCCUUGUCAUGGAUGGAGCGAGUCCCUUUGGGGUCGUGGCUGUCCAGCUCGCGCGGCACAGAGGCGCCAGAGUCAUCGCCACUGCGCUCAGCCUGGAGGACAAGCAGUGUCUGGAGCGGCUCAGGCCUCCCCUGGCUCGAGUCAUCGACAUGUCCCACGGGAAGAUAGACGUGGCAGAGAGCUGCCUGGAGGAAACAGGAGGCCUGGGAGUGGAUAUUGUUCUGGAUGCUGGAGUGAAACUGUACAGUGCUGAGGAUGAGUCAAGCUCCAAAUCCCAAAUGCUGCCCCACAAACAUGACAUCAUCACUCUGCUGGGCGUCGGGGGCCACUGGGUGACCACAGAGAAACACCUGCAGCUGGAUCCUCCAGACAGCCAUUCCUUGUUCCUGAAAGGAGCCACCGUGUCCUUCCUGAACGAUGAGACGUGGAACUUGUCCAAUGUGCAGCAAGGGAAGUACCUCUCCAUCUUGGAAGACAUCAUGGAGAAGUUGUCCAGUGGUGUUUUCAGGCCUCAGCUGGAUGAGCCAGUCCCAUUGUAUGAAGCCAAAGUGUCCAUGGAAAUGGUCCAGAAGAAUCAAGCAAGAAAAAAACAAGUCAUCCAGUUCUGA